UUUGAAUCUGCCAGCUUCACUUAUUCCGGACCUGGCGGCUGGACCUACAUUGGACCUGGUGGCUUAACCACUCAGAGCAUCGCUGCUGCUACGAAUGAGAACGAGCAGAAGAAGAUCGGCUCUACAGACAACUCUGCCAUCAAAAGCACAACCAAACGGAAGAAGAAAUACUACUGCUGCUACGGCCACGGCCAGAACAACACGCACAGCAGUAAACAAUGCUUUAGGCGCAAGAAGGCAGCAGCCAAUGUCUAUCGCCCCGACAACUCGUACGAGAGAAUCCUCCGCCAGGAAGUCCCUGCAUCCGCUCAGGAGAAGUUCGUUGCUGUGAAGGCUAAAGACAUCAAGAAAGAGAUCGAUGAUGAUCAGGUGAGCAACGAAAAUGUCAUGGCUCGUUACAGCAAGGCAGAGCUGAAGGGGGUCUUCGACAAUGUCUUGGCUCAUUUCAGCAAUGCAGAGCUGAAGGAGAUCUCUGGAGAGGUCAAGAAGGAAAUGGAACGCCGUGGCAUCGAUGAGGAUGCCUCGAUCGGUGUGUACCGCGACCAGUCAUCGGGUCCCUGGUGUGUUCUUCAGUAA